AUGGCUGCACGGCGUCGUGCGUGGGGUGGGGGUGUUUCGGCAAAAAUUGGGGCAAUCCUCGGCGUUGUUGGCUCUACCCCGCCGGUGGCAGUCGCAAACCCUUUCCAACAUCGGAGAAUGCCCCCUGCCCCGAAAACCGUGGCACAAACUUUCCCACCCCCUUUAGCAAAAAACAAAGGCUGGAUGCCCCAAAUGGCGUGGCACCUUCAAGGCCCUCGCGUUAUUGGGUGGGCGGGCCGCCGCCCGCCAAGGGGGUACCGCAGCCAAAAAAAAAAAAAAAAAACGUCCCCAAUGCAAACGGAAUUUCAAUAG